AUGCGUGGCGACUUAAGUACAGCACUCAAUCCAAUUCCACUUUAUAAACAAGGUGUCGAAGAAGAAAAAUCCGAACUUGCUCGAUUAUCAUCAUUUGCUGGAGCAAUGGCUGUUGGUGAUCUAAUCAAAACAACACUCGGUCCGAAAGGCAUGGAUAAAAUCCUCCAAUGCAGCAUGAGUGGCGGUCCUGAUGCCGGUAAAUUGUUAGUUACAAACGAUGGUGCAACAAUCUUAUCGAAAAUUGGUAUUGACAAUCCGGUUGCUAAAGUUCUCGUUGAUAUUUCAAAAGUACAGGACGAUGAAGUUGGUGAUGGUACAACAUCAGUUGUUGUUUUGGCUAGCGAACUUCUCCGAGAAACGGAAAAUUUACUCGCCCAAAAGAUUCAUCCUCAAACAAUCAUCGCGGGAUGGCGUAAGGCAACAAACGAAGCACUUCGAGUGUUGGAAGGCAUUGCAAAAAACAACAGUUCGAAUAUAGAACAGUUCCGAAGUGAUCUUAUGAACAUUGCGCGUACAACGCUCAGUUCGAAGAUUCUUCAAGGAAAAAAAGAACAUUUCGCUAAACUAUGUGUUGAUGCCGUGUUAAAAUUAAAAGGUAAAACCGAUUUACAAGGCAUUCAAAUCAUCAAACGUUUGGGAAAUAACAUGAGCGAUUCUUAUCUUGAAGAAGGAUUCUUGUUGGAAAAAAAGAUUGGUAUCAAUAUGCCAAAACGUUUAGAAAACGCUCGCAUCCUUAUUGCUAACACACCGAUGGAUACUGAUAAAAUCAAAGUUUUCGGUUCACGUGUCCGUGUCGAUUCAGUAGCUAAAGUUGCUGAAUUAGAAUUGGCUGAAAAGGAAAAGAUGAAAGAUAAAGUGAACAAAAUUCUUCAGCAUAAUUGCAAUGUUUUUAUUAACCGUCAAUUGAUUUAUGACUAUCCUGAACAAUUAUUUGCUGAAAAGGGUGUGAUGGCCAUUGAACAUGCUGAUUUUGAAGGUGUUGAACGUUUAGCUCAAGUUCUUGGUGGAGAAAUCGUUUCGACAUUCGAUACACCAGAUAAAGUCCGAUUAGGAAAAUGCGAUUUAAUCGAAGAAAUCAUCAUUGGUGAAGACAAGUUGAUCAAGUUUUCAGGUGUAGCUGAAGGUCGCGCUUGCACGAUUGUCCUACGUGGAGCAACUCAACAAAUUCUUGAUGAAGCUGAACGAUCAAUUCAUGACGCUCUUUGUGUUUUAUCACAAACCGUUAAAGAACCACGCAUUUGUUAUGGAGGAGGUGCUGCUGAAAUGUUAAUGGCUACUGCUGUUUCUCAAUUGGCUGAAAAAACACCAGGCAAAGAAUCGGUCGCCAUUGAGUCAUUCGCCCGCGCACUUCGUCAAUUACCAACCAUCAUUGCUGAUAACGCUGGUUACGAUAGUGCAGAAUUAGUAGCUAAUCUUCGUGCUGCACACACUGCCGGAAAAUCAACUCAUGGUCUCGAUAUGGAAAAGGGUGCAGUUGCUGAUAUGGUUGAACUUGGUAUUCUCGAAUCGUACCAUCUUAAACGACAAGUCGUUAGCAGUGCUGCUGAAGCUGCUGAAAUGGUACUACGUAUUGAUAAUAUCAUUCGUGCGCCACCACGCCCACGUCAACGUGACAUGCGUCAUCAUUAA